AUGCGACAACGAAUUGGGAAAACAAGUAUUGAAGUACGCGACUUAGAAUCGAAACUGAGUGCGAAAUAUGCACAGAAAGAACGCACUGGACAAAUGGCAGAACAACAAGCAUUGAAAUUUGAUUCAUAUUUGGAAGAUGCAGAAAUCGCUCGACGUAUGCGCAGUGAAACAGACAAAGCUGAAGAAGAUCAUCAUAAACGUGAGAUUAUUCGCCAAGAAGAAAUGAAACGCUACAAACAAGAUCUUCAGCAUCAACUCAAAGAACAGGAAUUGAGUAAACAAUGGAAGAUAAUGGAGCGUCAACGUAUGGAAGAAGAACAUUGUCGUAUUGAAGAGUACGCACGCACUCUAGAACACCGGCAACAAAUGGCUAAAGCCAAAGAGCGUGCGCGUGAGGAUGCAAUUGAUCGAGUUCAACGCCGAUUAGUUGAACAGAUAAAACGCGAUCGUGACGAGCGGGAAGAGCAAGAGCAAGCUUUACGAAGGCGGGAAAGAGAUGAGCUAGAAGCACGUAUAAGACAGCGUCUUGCAUUACAACAUGAACGUGAUGAACAAAUACAAUUCAAGCAUGCACGAGAUGAAGAAGUCAAACGAGAAGAAGAGAAAUAUCCACAACAAUUGAUGUCUAAAUUUUCUGAAGAUGAUCAAGAACGUCGGCGGCAAUUGACAUUCGACAAACAAUGUGAGGUCGAUGAAUGUGCUCAGGCCGAACAUCUACACUUAAUGCGGAAACAAAUCAUCGAAGAAGAACAUAUCAAAUUACUUCGCGGACAUGCUCAUCGUUUACUAGGAUAUCUACUCGAAGGUGUUAUUCGAGAUGAAGAAGAUCUUGAUUAUCUCGGUAAUGAUUUUAAAAAUGAAUUCUAA